AUGGCUGCCAACCAAAAGAUUGUGUUUGCUCUCGUGUGCCUAUUUUUGGCCUGUGAUUUAGGAUUGAGUCAGCAGCAGGCUGCCAACAGCUCAGAGGCGGAGUCAGAUGUGGCUGAGAGUCGCACCUUUGGCCACCAUUUCCUGCGUCGCAUCAGCUUUGCCCUGGUCCCUGGUGCCUUUGUGGUGGGCGUUAUUACCACCCUCUUGGCGGCCUUGACAGUGGUCUCCAUCAAGGGUCUUGGUGUGGGUGUUAUUCUGCUGGUGCUGGCCAUCGGUCAGAUGCUGUCCCGCGCUCUCCCCGUCCAAGCAGCAGCCGCCUAUGCCGCUGCUCCCGUUCCGGCUCCAGUGCCCGUGGUCUACUCCCACUCUCACACCCAGCAGCCCGUGUGGCUGGAGAAGGAGUGGUAA